UAAUCAGUGCAAUUAAUUUUCGCCUAAUGCAACUGAAAAGAAGGAAAAAAAAAACCCUAAAAAUUCCAUUUUUAAUCUUUAAUUAAUCUAAUCCUCCUUCCCUCGCCGGAAUCCCUAAUCUCGCUUUCUCGGCCUCAGAAUCUCCCCGCCGAAAGUGACAGCCCCUCCAUUUUUCAGCAGCAUCCGAUUCUUAAAUUCACCCGAUAAAUGUGGCGGAGAUCGGCUUCCUUCAUACUCGACAAGCGAAACGACACCGGAGCCCGGCCGGACUUCGUCUCCCUGUCCCCUCCCCAGACCACAGCCUCCACCAUGGCCGACACCCUGCAAAACCCUAACGCCAAGGUCUCCGCUUACUACCAGACCCGCGCGGCUCACCAUGGCGUUGUCACCAGCGACUGGCUCGCCCAGGCCCAGGCCGCCGUGGGGAAGUACUCUCCGGAGAGCGACGUCAGGUCGUCUUCUUCCGCUGCCGCGGACCCUGGGUCCGGGAAGCCGUUCAGCGUCAUCGAUGAGUUCAAUAACUGGAGGAAGCAGCCCGAUUUGGCCGAGGCUGUGGCAGCAAUCCGGGCCCUUGCGGCGGUGAUCAGGUCCAGCGAGGCUACCACCAUGAUGGAGCUGGAAAUUGAGCUCAAGAAGGCCUCUGAUUCCCUCAAGUCAUGGGACACAACUUCCAUAUCAUUGACAGCAGGUUGUGAUUUGUUCAUGCGGUAUGUGACCAGAACUUCAGCCUUGGAGUAUGAGGAUUUUAAUUCAGCUAAGUCCCGGCUGAUUGAACGUGCUGAGAAGUUUGGGGAGAUAUCUUACAAGGCUCGGAGGAUCAUUGCGAUGCUCAGUCAAGAUUUCAUAUUUGAUGGUUGUACCAUUUUGGUUCACGGCUUCUCCAGAGUUGUUCUGGAGGUCCUGAAGACAGCAGCACAGAAUAAGAAACUGUUCCGUGUACUUUGCACAGAGGGAAGACCUGACAGGACAGGACUACGGUUGUCCAAUGAGCUGGCAAAACUCGAUGUUCCUGUGAAGCUCCUGAUAGAUUCAGCUGUGGCAUAUUCGAUGGAUGAGAUCGAUAUGGUCUUUGUUGGUGCCGAUGGAGUUGUCGAAAGUGGCGGCAUUAUUAACAUGAUGGGAACUUACCAGAUUGCCUUGGUGGCCCACAGCAUGAAUAAACCCGUCUACGUUGCAGCUGAAAGCUACAAGUUUGCGCGUCUUUACCCAUUGGACCAGAAAGACAUGGCCCCUGCCUUACGGCCCAUUGACUUUGGUGUCCCGAUCCCUUCGAAGGUCGAGGUUGAAACAUCGGCUCGGGAUUACACCCCUCCACAGUACUUGACCCUUCUCUUCACAGAUCUCGGAGUCCUCACGCCUUCUGUAGUCAGCGACGAACUCAUUCAGCUGUACUUGUAACCAUUUCUUUCUUGAAAUAUAAAAUUUUUGUUCUUUCUUACUUGUGCUCUCUUUUCAUUUUCUUUCUUGUCUCUUAAAAUAUAAAAUUUUAUUCUUUCUUACUUGUGCUCUCUUUUCAUUUUCUUUCUUCUUUCUUUCUUUUGGUGCCUUUGGAGUUAUCAAUCCAGCAAUUGAGGUUUAGGACUUUCUUCUCUGUAUGAGAGCUUAUAUCUGUAACAUCCAUUUAGUGUAUGAAUGUUUUCUGUUCGAAUAAUCAUUCUUGUGUCAUUCUCGGGCAA